CCUCCGUAGCUUCUUGUUGCAGCCUCGUCCUGCGGCCAGCUCCACUCAUCCGUUCGUCCGCUCCAGCAGGCAUGGUGGGCACGUCCCCGCUUUAAGUUGGCGUCCUCUUGCGUGGACAUUGAGCGUCACCGUUGUUGCUGUCCCGUGGGUUCCAUGUGCGGGGGAGGGGGGCGCCAUGGCCAGUCCGAGUGAACAGCAGCAGCAGCAGCAGCAGCAGCAGGAUUAUUUCCGAUCGGUGAGCAGCGAGUCCACAACCUACAUGAUGGUUCCGACCGGGGGGCCCAGCGGCGGCGCGGGUCGGCGGGAAGCGCCAUCCAAGAUGUGGGUGGCCCUGGUGGUGGCGGUAGUGGUGGUGCUGCAGGUGGCUUCCACCACGGGGCUCUUUGUCUACCUGAACAUGUCUAUCUCGCAGGUGCGCAGUCAGGGGGUGACGGAGGAGCUCAAAUGUCUGACUUUACUCAACGCUCUGGACCAGGACAUCCCCGAGCAGCUGGCCAAGCUCCUGGGAGAACCUUGCAUCAAACUCGCCAAAGGCAUCAAAGCCUACAUCUCCAAGGUGACUGAGAACAUCAUCUCCAAACAAACCUUCAUGGUGGCCAGAACCAUGCCUCGCUCUUUCAACAACUCGGGCUCAAAAUUCUUGAGCUCAGUUGUCCAAAGGCCUUCGGCCCACUUGACCCUACAGGACAACAAGUCACAAGGCUACCCUCAAGCGGGACUGCACCAGUCCUGCCGCCACAUGGUGCGCUCGUGGGCCAAUAGGAGCUUGGGCGCUCACCUGCACAACAUGACUCUCAGCAACGGCAGGCUGCGAGUUCCCCAGGACGGCCGCUACUACCUGUACUCGCAGGUUUACUUCCGCUACCCGUCGCCCGCUACCGGUGACGUGGACCAGCGCAGCGUCAGCCACCAGCUGGUGCAGUGCGUCUACAAGAAGACCUCCUACCCCAGCCCCAUCCAGCUUCUCAAGGGGGUCGGCACCAAGUGUUGGGCGCCCGACGCCGAGUACGCCCUCCACUCCGUCUAUCAAGGGGGACUCUUUGAGCUGAGGGCUGGCGACGAACUUUUUGUCUCGGUCUCGUCGCCGACUAUGCUCAACGCGGACGAUUCUUCCAGCUACUUCGGGGCCUUCAGACUCGACCUUUGAGGGCCUGUGUGACGGAGGAGCCCGUAGAACUAAUUGGAGAAGGACUACGGUCCGGAGGAUGAGUUUCUCGCAUCGCUCGGAGGGAUGCGCGGAAACACUCGACCAGCGAGGGACUCUGAGGGUGAAAAGGCGGGACAAAGUCCGAACAACUUCUUUGAGCCAAAGCAAACCACUAAAGGAGCAGAAGAUGCAAGGCUGCUGAUGAACAAUGUUUAAAUCCUCCAGGAAGGAUUCUUUAAAAAAAAAAAUUAUAAGCAAAAAUGGGUCUGCUGCUUGUCUUGUGAGGGAAUCCUAAAUUUUGGACUCCGGACCGAAGAAUGUACAGACUAUAAAACGUUGAAGGAAUGCAGAGGAGAAAUCACACGUGCAAGGACUAUUGUGUACAGACAAAUCAGUGAAGGGUGGAGAUAUGAAAAGUCAUCCAUGUCGACUUUUAAUUUGACCGUUUAAACCCACUGGGAACUUUUUAAGGGAGGACAGUGAAGAAGAGGAGGAGGAGGAGGAGGAGACUGAGCCAGAUGAUGAAGGGAAAAAAAACUAGGUCGAGGCUCACCAGCAGCCAGACCAGUUUAGCCUUGUCUUUCUCUUUCCCAUGUAAAUAGUAACAACGCCAAACCUGGUCUUUCCUGCAUAACCUGCAAAGCCCAGCGUGGAACAUUUGCACAAGUUUCAUCAAAGUUUACAUUUUCUACACAAAUCAAACCCUUGGACCAUGUCCAGUACUCAAUAAAGCAAAAUAAUGUGUUGAAAA